AAUGGAUUCAAUUGACUAUACAGAAGCAAAAUUCAAAUUUUUAGGAAUUAGAAAACACUUUUUUAAAGAUGUCACAUAUAAUAUUACAGUUUUUGAUGAGAUUGUCAUUAUGGGAAUAGUAGAGAUUGUAAAUUAAAAUUAGACCGCUGAUUGCUAAAAUCCUAAAUACAGAAUAAAAUUGAGUCUAGAUACCAAAAUAAACUGGGAGUUAAGUAAGAAUAAGUAGGAGCUAGAAUGCUUUGAAUUUCCAUAUUAAAAUAAGAAAAAGGUUGUUCAUGCAUAAGCUAAGGAUUUAUUAAGGUUCUUUAGUAUCAUUUUAUAUUAGAUUUAAAGAACUAUUAGCUGGAAAAGUGUUAUUUGAAGGCAUAGGAGACCUAUAUUAACCUCUAUAUUAGGUGGGUAAAGGAAGUUCAGCAAAAGUAUUAAUAUUAAUAUGUUAUUAAGGUGUACAGUGCAAGAAAUGUUUUAGAUAAAGGAGUUUAUGCUGUUAAAGCAAUUGAAAAAUCAUUUUUGAAGCUUUCAGAAAAUGGAAAUGGAAUGGUAAUUAAAAAGUAUACUUUAGUAAGCAUUUAAAUCAGAAAUACAAAUCUUAAGAUCUUUAUCAUAAUAUGAACAUAAUUUCUUAGUUUUGAGUGAAAUUUAUGAGGGAGACAGUAUUUUUUAUGUAGUCACAUCAUAUUUGGAAGGUUUGAGUUUGAGUGGAGAAUUGGAGAAAGCAAAAGUGUUAAUUAAUAAUAAUUAUAUAUAGACUCUUCCUUAGAAAAGAUUACCAAUAUAAAGUAUAUAGAUUAUAAUGAAGAAGUUACUUAUAAAUUUAAAAAUUCUUCAUUCACAUAGAGUAUAUAUAUAUAUAAUAUGUUAUAAUAGAUAAUUCAUAGAGAUUUAAAACCAGAUAAUUUGAUGUUUGCAAGAAAAAACGACUAUUCUUCAUUAGUUUUAGUGGAUUUCGGGCUUGCAACUUCAGAACUAUUAGAUAAGUAAUCAAGAGGAUCUAUACAAGAUAUUUAUUUCCAAAGUGUGGUACACCUGGUUACGUAGCUCCUGAAGUAUUAGGUUCAAGAAGUGAUUUAAAGUAUAAUUGUAAAGUUGAUAUAUUUUCUGCUGGUUGCAUAUUCUAUAAAUUACUCACAGGACAUAGUUUAUUUUUGGGAUAGAAUUUUGAUGAAGUAUUAAGAUCAAAUAGACAUUGUCAUAUGGAUUUAGAUUUACCUUCUGAUGGAAAUUACAUUACAGAUUAAUCAUUAGUAUAUUUAAUUAAAUCUAAAUUAGGAUUUAUUAAAAAAGAUGUUGAAUAAAAAUGCAAAGAAUAGAAUCACUGCAAUUUAAGCUCUAUAACAUCCUUUUAUUGAUUCAAAUAGUGAAUUAAGUACUUAGGCAAUAUAAACUACUGGUUAAUAAAUGGUUAAAAAUGCCAUUUAUCAAUUAAAUUUGGCUGAAUUGGAAUCUAAAUAUAAUAGUUAAAAUGAAAUAGGGGAAGAAUAAAAUUUAAAAAUUAAUGAUUUAAAGAGAUAUUCUAUUAUAACUGAAGUGUAAUAAUAAUAGAUGUCUAUGUCAGCCAAAAGAAGUAGUGGUUAGUUUUCAGGAACAUUCUAUUAGAAGGAUCCAUUAUCAGCUGUUCGUACAUUAAAAUUACAUACAGAAACAUCCUAACCUAUUAAAAAUAGUAGUCAUCAUUCAUAAAAUUCAGAUUCUUAAUUUUGA